GGUCACUUCCGGGUUCGCGCGCGCGCACGAGUGUUGUGUGGAAGCUCAGGUAAAUAAAAAUCUGGACUUUUCGCUUCAAUGGCGGCGAAUGAAGAAGAAGAAACCCACAUGCGGACGAUAUCACAGCUCUCGGACCGAGCGAUCCAGCAUUAUGAGGGCCUGAGAAAAGAGCACGAGAAAACCAAAAAAGAGUGUAAGCAGCUGAAGCAGGAGAGAGAUGAGGCCUUGCAGAAGCUGGAAGAUUUCGAAAGAGUGUCACAUAUGGUGCUGCAGGAGGUCAGCAGUAUGCAGGAGAACCUGGAGGUUGAAAAGACCUGCAGACAGACGGUGGAGGCUCUGGCAACCAAGCUGAACAGACAGAACCGCUGUCUAAAGAGGAAAAGUAUGAUAUACAUGGCUCAUCUAGAUGCCAAUGUUCUUGCCGAAAUCAACCUGAAUGAUGAGGAUGAGGAACAUCAUCAGGAGGAGGAGCCUGGAACCUGUCGCUCCUCCCAGUACCAGCUUGUCAUCUCCGAGCUGAGGAAUAAAUUAGAGUCAGCUCUCGAGGACAAGAAGCAGUUAGCCAUCGAUCUGGAGACGACAAAAGAUCAGCUUCACAAAACCCAAGAGGAACUCCUGCGAGAAAAACACGAUAAUACUGUUUUGAUUGCUGAAACGCUCCAACAAAAGAAGCUCUUGGGGAAGUAUAACAGAGUCUCUCGGUAUGCAGUGGAGGAGUAUGAGGCUUUGCAGGCUGAUCUGGAGCUGGAGAAGGAUUUGCGUGUAGAGGCAGAGAAUUUUGCACACAAGAUGUUAGUGGAGCAGAAGAAGCUGAAGAGACAGAGUCAGGCCCUGAUGCAGAGUGUGUCACCUUCUGAAGCUCUGGAUAAUGCUCUCAAAGAAAUCGCUACACUCACACACACUAUGGAAACACAACGGUUGGAGCACCAACAACAGCUGAAGCGUUUGGAGGAUCAACUGCACGACUCUGAGUUGCAGAAGCAGUUGACUGCGUUGGAGAGGAAGACUGCACUGCUGGAGGAAGAGAGAAAAGAGUGUAUGGAGAAAUGUUCCAGAGCUGAGACUGAGGCCAAGGACCUCCGCUUCACUGUGGAGGAACUGCAGAAAAAGCUACAGCAGGUAUCCAAUCCUGUACCUGCCCCAGCUCCUCCCCCUCCUCCUCCUCCUCCCCCUCCUCCUCCUCCUCCUCCUUCAGUCUCAGCGAACCCUCUCAGCUCACUCAUGUCACUGCUUCGUAAGAAAAAAGGCAUCAACAGUGACAUUCCUUUAGUAGAGAAAGAUGCAGCACCAAAAGAUCCAGAGAAGGAUAUUAGACAGCAAGCUGUGUCAGAGAUGAUGGAAAGAAUUAAAAAAGGCGUUCAGCUCCGGCCAGUUGGCCAGGCAGUCAACAAGAGCAGACCGCAACAGAGAGAGCAAAUACCGUCCGGCUCUGCCAUUCAGGAACUGAAAGGGAUUUUAACCUCUGUGAAACGCCCUUCCACCUGCCCCUCCCCUCCUGCAAGACCCUCCUCUCCAGAACCACAGUCUGAGCUCCAGAAAGUCCUAAUGAAGCGACGAGGUGUGCUGGAGGCAGCAGAUGAUAAUAUCUUUCCCUCCCCAGCAUUGUCAGCAGCUCAGCCCUUUCCCAGCAGUGUUCUGGACCUGACCCGGGUUAAGAUCACUCCCUCAAGUGCUGACAAAAGUGCCAACAAUCACAACACUGACACCUCAACACUUACUCACAGCUCAGCUAGUUAACCACAAUGGCAGUAGCUCUACACCAACAUGGAUUGACUGUGGUGCAACCAAAAGCUGCCGUACAAACCCAGCAAAGUUUUACCAUCAGGAACCAUGAAAGAAGAAAAAUAUCUGGAAAUCAAUCCAACUGGAGUGUACAAAGUCUUGUUCAAACAUUUGAUCAAUAUUCAGUAGAAACACUUGAAGGGUUUAAGGUCCCACAACACCGAUAACUGGAUUUACCUUUUUCCCCAUUAGGAACGGAGGCCUUAAAGUUUAACUGGAAACCGCUGUGCCGCAGACGUGCUGAAAGUAGUUCGAUGUUCAUUUACAAAUUAAUUUCAAUAAGGCUCAUCACAACUAUAACACUAGAUUUAACAGUAAUAUUUGAAAAACAGCAGCCAAGAGAAACUGGGGCUUGUGGACAUCUACAGAUUUUACUGUAGACGAUUGGAACAAGUUCGAUAAGUCCUUAAGGGAAGUGACAUCAUUAAGAAAGUUGAAAAAAGUAGUUUUCUAGUCAGAAAAUAUUUUAUAUUUAAAAUGCAAUAUUUCAUAACUGCACAAUUUUACCUGUAUUAUUUUUAUAGUUUUUAAUUUUAUUUUUUGAGGACCCUUCUGUAAAUCAUGUCUGUAACGUUGGCAUCCUCAAUAAAGAUUAUUAACUAUAACUGAUAACUAUACCUAUUCCUGAAUUUAGUUCCAGUCUGGAGCAGAAAUACCACCACUGUAAUCCCCACUAUAAUAUCGGUUGGUUCUGACACUCAGGUGAAUAAUCAUGGAAGUUUUUUCCAAGUAGUAGCGCAUUAUUCCGGGUCAUACUGGAAUGCUUGGACUUCAGAACAACCCAUGCACACACUCCGGUGGUUGAUAAUUUACUAUUGAUAUUUCACAGAUGAUCACAUAUCUGUGAAUAAAAGAUCCGUGCUUUGUAUUAUAUUUUCUGUGAACCCGUAUUCCGUGACUUCAUGAUGCAACAAGGAUGUACAAAGACGCCCGGGGAGGAACGGCACGUGCUCAGACAAGUCAAGUCAAGACAACGCCACAUGUAAACAAUGACCUGAUUGGUCAGAUGUUUUAUCAGAUCAGGUCCAGGCCUGUAAAAAUCACUCCAGAAGCAAAUCUCACCGGUACGGAUAAACCCAGGCCUGGGCUAUAGGGAUCACUAUCGGUCUGGUGUGAGCACCGACCACGUAAACUGCAGAGGACCCAUUUACAUAUUUAUAGCUAUUGGUAUAGUUGUAGUUAUUGGUAUUGUGGGACUGGGCCUUAAAUCUGUUAAUGAUUUGUCAUUUUAGGUUCAUGUUUUGUCCCGUUUUUUGAUUCAAAAGCUAGUUGCAUUUUUUUGGGCCUCAUUUGCAUAAUCUCAUGGUAAAUGCUUCAACAUUUGGAAGGCACCAAGUUUUCCCCAAGAUUAAAUGUCUUGUAUAUUAAUGCAAAUGGCCUUUAUAACUCUUUCCAUAGCUGCCAUUAACUAUUAAAGUGUGUUUCUAGUUCUUAAAAAACAUGACCAGAGACUUGAAUAGAAAAGCAAGCCUUAUUGAAUUUUAUUAAAUCUGAGAUGUGAAGCCCGGUGGGACUGUUCAGUGCUCAUGUAGCCAUUGCUACCUGUUAAUACAGUCUCCAUACAUGAAUAAACAUAUAGACGUCUUCUCCAAUUCAGACUAAUGAUGUAAUUUUGUAUAAAAUUAAUUCUGUAAUUAAUUAACAAAUGCUUUCAUGAAAAAUAUUUUUGAUUUCUGUUCCAUAUUACAUUCCCUAAAUACACAGGUCUUUUCAUAUAUUUGGGUUCAUUUUGUAGAUUGCUAAACAUCCUUCAGUGUUGAUGGUGAAAUAAAAUCCAAUUUUUCUCUGAGACACUGGAGAUUUCUGGAAUGAUAUUGUGGUGCCAGUUCAGAAAACUUACUCCUACAUGCUUUGUGUGUAUGAAGAGAGUUUGGAGACGGGCACUGGAGCUUAGCCUUGAACGCUUGCCAAGCGUGUGUAUUUUGAAUGGCGAUGUCUAGACCACUAUUAAUCCUGUAUACACCCAAUCCGUAAUUACAGGGCACUAGACAUCUUUCUUCUCUUCUGUCUCUAACUCUCAUGAUUGUUGCAGUCAUGAUGGUUUUCCCCUUUUCGCUCUCAUUGCUGUUGUAUUCUUGUUCAGCUUUUUUAUUCGGCACUGUUUUGAAAUGCUCGUGUUUUGUUCGAUACCUUUUUACAAUACAAUACUGUUCAGUGGAUGGCUCUUUCAAGUUUACAAAAGGCAUUCUUGCUACUCUGAGGUUAAAAAUGACACAAACAUAACCUCUGGGUAAACACUUGUUUGGUGGUUGUUUGGUUUGUUUGUUUUUAAAUUGUUAGGGAUUGAAGAAAAAUGUAAAUGGGUAUUCACAGCACCAAAACAGUGUUCCUUAUCAUAUGACCUUUUAAAAUUCUGUGGGUUCUGUAUUGUUUCUCUUUCUUUCCUUCCGUCUUUCUUUUUUUGCUAUACAUUCACUUUUUGUUUUGUCCCCUGUCUAAAACCUAAGUCUAAACACAAAUGUGUAGUAGUUUUUUUUUUUUUUGCAACAAAAACUUGCUUAUAAAUGUGAUGUACGUUUUUGUCAAUUAUAUGAGCCGUGACAUCACCGUCAAAUAAAAAUUUAGAAAUUUAAUUUAAUGGAAACAAAUGUUUAAAAAGUUAUUAAAAUCAUGUUGAGAACAUUUAGAAAAUUAACGUUUAAUUUUUUAAAAAUCAGGGGAAGCCACGGCCUAAUGAUUAGAGAAGCAGCCUUGGGACCAAGAGGUUGCUGGUUUGAUUCCCUGGACCAGCAGGAAUGGCUGAAGUGCCCUUGAGCAAGGCGUCAAACCCCCACCUGCUCCCCAGGCUGCUCUGGGUGUGAUGUACGUCACUCUGGAUAAGAGCGUCUGCUAAAUACCUGUAAUGUAAACUGUAUGUAAUGGGGCCAUUGCUUUAGAUCAUUACUCUCUAGAUUUGAUGGCUGUCUUUCAUCGUUCUUAUUUCAUCUUAAGAAUAUUUAUUGCUAGCGUUCACUCUGUGCUUAGCUACUGUCCCAAAUCUCAUACAACCAAACUAAAUACUGUCGCAUGUUAAAAAUAA